CCAACGAAUUACGAACGUCAUCGUCAAGAAGUGAUUCAAGAAUGUAGGGGGACCUACUUUUCAAUUAAUGGCGGUAAAAAGUCGUUUGCUUUUUCUUCACUCUCUCGUCUGUCCGGUGGCAAGUUUGUGGCUUUUCUGAAUGGGAAGGAAAAACGAUUCGGUACUCAAUGUCACUCCCUUUUUAACUCUCCUUUUCACAGGUCACCGAUGCGCUUGGAAAGAUCACUUCUGCUUCUGGCAUGGGUCUCGUCACUUUUGACCUUAGGGUCAAUGGGUAAGAUCCGUCGUCGUCGCGACCUGUUGGACCUAGCUGACAUGUUUGAUGUGCUGACGGGUCUCGACCCAACGGAUUACAUCCCUUACGGCAAUUGGUGCGGCUAUGGUGGUCAAGGAAAACCGAUUGACCGCAUAGACGAAUGCUGCAAAGUUCAUGAUCAUUGCUACGGAGUGUCAGAAAAGGAGUGUUCGAAUGUGCAAGUCCAUAUUGUCCAGUAUGCAUGGAAAAUGAACAAUGAAACUAUUCUCUGCGAGGAUGAAUCCAUCUGUGAGUUCAGUGUUUGCAAAUGUGACAAAGAAGUAGUGGAAUGUAUAGCGCAACACAACCACACUUACAGUGAGCACUACAGAUUCAUUCGGAAGUUCAGGUGACCAAAGGAAUUUCAAGAUUAUAAUUGUAAUUCAGUGUGAUUUAUUGUAUGUUUGUCAAGCACAGAUGUGCUUAUUUUACUAUAAUCUUUUUUCUACCAAAAAAAAAAAGUCAAUAUUCUCUUCCUAAGCAAGAUUUUUGAUAAAUACGAUUCUUUGUGAUAUAUUUAAAUAUCCUCACAGCAUUAUCAUUAUUGAAACUGUCAAUUAAAAUGGUCAUAAUUAAAAGUAUAGUUAUGAAA